AUGAUGCUCCCAAACGGAAAAGAGAACGCUACCUUUCAAGAAGACCUCAGCAAUGUCCUAGUCUGCCCUGAGUGCAACAUCAACCCGCCUAACCUAGUCGACGAGUGGUCCAGCGGCGACACAGUAUGCUCAGACUGCGGCCUCGUGGUCGGUAGUCGCAUCAUCGACACGAGAUCCGAAUGGCGUACUUUUGCGAACGACGACCAGGGAGGUGACGAUCCCAGCCGUGUCGGUGGCCCUCAAGAUGAGUUCGUCGAGGGACAGCAGCUCGCUACCACUGUAGCCUUUUCCGACCUUAAGGCGCACAAGGCUCUGUCGCGAACCCAGAACAACACCACACAGGACAAGGCGCAAAAGGGUCUCAUGCUCGCGUAUAAAGAAAUAGUCUCUCUUUGUGAAGCUAUCAACAUGGGACAGAACGUUUCAAACGCCGCCAAACACAUAUUCAAGCUCGUCGACAAGCACAAGUUCCUCAAGGGAAAGCCGCAAGAAGCCGUCAUCGCAGGUUGCAUUUUCAUCGCCUGCCGACAGAACAACGUACCUCGAACCUUUAGGGAAAUCUUCAACUUGACCAGCGUGAGCAAGAAGGAAGUCGGUCGAGUCUUCAAACAGCUCCAGAGCUUCUUACAAAAGCUGCAGGAGACGGAAGGCGAUGCUACAGGCCUCAACACAGUCACCAACUACGAGAACACAUCAGUGGGCGCCGAGGAUCUUUGUGGUCGUUAUGUGUCCCAGCUUGGACUUCUGAACCAGCAAAAGGUGGCCAAGAUCUCUCGCGACCUGGCCGAGCAGGCCAACGACAUCAAGGAUCUUGCUGGACGAUCGCCGCUGUCGGUGGCUGCAGCAUGUAUCUUCAUGGCAUGCCACGUUGUUGGAGAAGCCUGCCCUUCACACCUCAUUGCCAAGCAAGCUGGCGUUAGUGACGGAACAGUCAAGACAGCAUACAAGUAUCUGUAUGCCGCACGCAAGCAACUGAUUAAGAAAGAAUGGCUUGUUGAUAACGGCACCAGCAUGGAAUCUCUGCCUCAGGCUAAUAAUGCGACGGCAUGA